CGUGCGAGUGUGCAGCGAUUCCGAAAGCUGCUGCGAAAGACCGGCGUGGCUUGGAGUGCGCGCGAAGUUAGAUACGUGGUUUGCGCGGCCGAAAGAGGGUACAAAGGGACCGGGCGGGUCGUUCACAGUGGAGAAAUCGGGGAAUCAUGAUGUCCCCCAUAAUCGGGGAAACGUUGCGCAUAUGGUUUCUUUCGGCGCUAGUCGUUCACGGAGCCGUUGCCGGGAAUCCGGACGCGAAACGCCUCUACGACGAUCUACUGUCCAACUACAACAAACUCGUGCGCCCCGUGGUGAACACCUCGGACGUGCUGCGCGUAUGCAUCAAGCUUAAGCUCUCGCAACUCAUCGAUGUGAACUUGAAGAAUCAGAUUAUGACGACAAACCUAUGGGUUGAACAGUCAUGGUACGACUACAAACUGCGAUGGGAGCCGAAGGAGUAUGGUGGUGUUCGCAUGUUGCACGUGCCGUCCGAUCACAUAUGGCGACCUGACAUAGUGCUCUACAACAACGCGGACGGCAACUUCGAGGUGACCUUGGCCACGAAGGCCACAAUCUACAGUCAAGGAUUGGUCGAGUGGAAGCCGCCGGCCAUAUAUAAGUCAUCAUGCGAGAUCGACGUGGAAUACUUCCCAUUCGACGAGCAGACCUGUGUCCUCAAGUUCGGUUCGUGGACCUAUGACGGCUUUAAGGUCGACCUAAGACACAUGGACGAAAAAUUGGGGAGCAACGUAGUGGAUGUGGGAGUUGACCUGUCUGAAUUCUACAUGUCGGUAGAAUGGGAUAUUUUAGAAGUUCCUGCAGUUCGGAACGAGAAGUUUUACACUUGCUGUGACGAGCCCUACUUGGACAUCACGUUCAACAUCACGAUGAGGAGGAAAACCCUCUUUUACACAGUGAACAUUAUCAUCCCCUGCAUGGGGAUAUCGUUUCUCACGGUUCUCACGUUUUACCUACCUAGCGACAGCGGUGAAAAGGUAACGCUUUCCAUCUCGAUUCUCAUCAGCCUGCACGUGUUCUUUCUACUGGUCGUUGAGAUCAUCCCACCGACUUCGCUAGUUGUGCCACUGCUUGGAAAGUACCUGAUAUUUGCCAUGAUACUCGUCUCGAUAAGUAUUUGCGUUACCGUCGUUGUUCUCAACGUUCACUUCCGUUCACCACAAACGCACAAAAUGGCACCUUGGGUGAAAAGAGUUUUCAUACACAUUCUUCCACGACUACUAGUCAUGAGAAGGCCUCAAUAUAAAUUUGAAACUAGCAGGUACACUUCCGGCAGAGUGCUAAUGAGAACCGUCAGAGGAAAGGAGAAAACUUGCUAUUAUCCUUACUCGUCGACUCAGGAAGACAGUGAAGAACAUCUCACACCCAAAAGAUUCCAUAGCCGUCCUCCAUCAAAGGAAGAUCUCUCGCCUUCCAGCCUUACAGACGAUGCGAGAUUUGGAGGCAGCUGCUUGAUUCAUGGUCCUCCGUUACCACCGUUACCGUUACACACCGAGUGCGAAGAUCUCUCUGGAGACGCAGGCAUAGAGGAAGUCAAGAGUCCCCCGCUGCGCAGCCCACCCGUCUUCUCGCACUCCCGUUGUCCACCGGAAGUACACAGAUCCUGCAUCUGCGUGCGCUUCAUUGCGGAGCAUACCAAAAUGCUGGAAGACUCGACUAAGGUAAAAGAGGAUUGGAAAUAUGUGGCGAUGGUGCUAGAUCGCCUGUUCCUCUGGAUCUUCACUUUGGCGGUUUUGGUGGGUACUGCAGGCAUCAUUCUACAAGCACCGACUCUUUAUGACGAUCGAGUACCCAUUGACAAGAAAUUUAGCGAAUUCGCUACCACAACGGUGGUGAAGUGUCCGCCCCAGUAGUCCACGCCUGAGCCCUGCACCGUAGAGAAAACCUAAGGAUCAAAAGCCCGGACCUGGCCUUAGGAGUAUUCACAAUCUCAUCUCCUUAUCCUUAAUGACGAAAUUACGGUAAAAGGGCUCCGAUUUUGUAAAGAGUGACCGAAAAUAUACGAUCGACGAUUUCAAAGAUGACGAGUGGGACGUUAAGCUCCUUUUAGAGAAGGAUAAAAACUAGAAGAAUAAAACGUAUUGUUUGUCUAGAGAAAGAGAGAGAGAGAGAGAGAGAGAGAGAGAGAGAGAGAGAGAGAGAGUAUCGAUAGAAGGGUGAGAAUUGUCUCGAAAAAGAAAACGAUGUAUGUCGUUAUGAAAUUCUGAAACGAGAGAACUGGGGGCGACGUCGCGUCGUCGCUUGAACUAAUUGCACUCGGUAUCUCCUAAACAGGAACACAUCAUUCGCGUGAUGGGCGUGAGAUUCGCAAGGAGAUUUACGUACCUACAUAGUCUGCUCAAGUAAAUUGUAAUACGAAGCUGCCACUAUUUAAUCGGGUAACACAUCAGGCUGACGGACGUUACGAUGUAACACUGUAUAGUAUAAUUUUAAUGUUCCAGAAAUAGGGACUAAACGCGAUGAUCGAGCCUUCGAUCUCCGCCUGUCGUUCGUCUAAACGCACGCGAACGGGCAUUAAAUUAUCAUUUGAAUAAAAUUUGGAAUAAUAAAUCUCGACAUGAAUUAAAGCUAACGCGAAGUUAAUUAAUGUCAUAUUUUAGCCUACGUUGUAGAUUUAUAAUCUAGAACGAGGCAGCCAAUACAAAGAUAGCUUUGAUUGUUGAUGACGUCGCGGUUGUAUUGCUGCAGCAUCUUCUGCAUGGUUUACAAUGAAGACUCAACACCGUAACAAGCGUGCAAAGAUUUUUCUUUUUUAAAUGAUUUUUUAUUAAAUGCGAUGUAUCAAUAACUCUAUAGCUUGUCGCUGCGUGUGCAAUUUACUGAAGCUUGAAGCUUGCAAGCUUCUGCAUUACAAUAAAAUACAAAUAAGAAGCUGCAGUACAUCAUUACAAUACAAUUGACAACAAUCCAUACGCAAACAAUACUUCGUUCGGACGACAAAAGUCGUGUUUCGCGAGCGUUUUGUCCUUUACGCGGGCUGGGAAUCGCUCGCACUUACGCGAAUUAAUUAGGUAAUCGGCGCGUAGCUAGCUCGUCGUACACAGACCUUAGGGUGUAUCCUUACUCGAAGUGUAUAACCAGUUAAUAAUUUUAGAAACAUAACCAUUUAUACGAGCAUAAUAUAUACAUAUAUAUAUUUAAAAGCAACGGACGAUGGCGCGUCGGUAGCGCGAAAUACUAUUCGACUGCAUCUGCUACUAUCCUAAACAUUUAAUCAACUUCCUUUGUUUUUGCUAAUCUCUUAUUAUUAUUAAUGACUAUACUUCUAUAAUUACAAUCUUUUUGUAACUUUGCAUCUAUUAUUAAUUCUGUCAUUCAACGCUUCU